CAACCUGAGUACUUCCUACUGCACUCCGACAUUGGCUACAGAGCGACAUUUCCAGAGCCCACCUCUCCAUACAUGACUCCUGAUUGGCUUAGAGUUUGCAAGCUGUCCCUGCUUUGAAUCGGCGGGGUGUGUUGCCUGGCAUUAAUAUACCACAUUGCACAGCCGGAGGCAGCAGUUCUGAGCGCUAUGUCUCUGGGGAGGGCUGCUGGAAUAAAGCAAAGACAAGAGAUCUAGAGCGGAGUGCGCAGUUCUCAAAGCCAGCCGAACCGCGCAGAUUGGGGAACCAAUCAGAGGCACGUAUGCUCGUUGCUGGAUGUCUAUUCUCUGUUCCAACGGAGGUCUGGCUGCACAGAGAGAUAAGGACAGCCGGUGGCUACCUAAGUUUCUUGAACAGCUGAGGUAGGGCUGGCUGAGGCUGCCUGUUAGAGAUCACCCAAGCAAAAAUGACCCCUGCUCUUACAGAAACAGUCCCACAGGGGCCUGGGGCUCACCUGGCACCAUCCUUUGCCCUACAGAGUCUAAACUCUGACACUAUUAUUUGCAUGGAUAACUCCCAAGCUGUGGAGCAUAUCAGCCUUCCGAAAGCCAAUGGUCCCAAGGUUGCAGACAAAAAGCAGCUUCUCAAAACAGAAUUUAUGAAUGGAAACAGCAUUGGCUCUCAGACUUCAGGGCAUUAUCAAACAGUCUUUCUUUUGACUUCCAACACUGCUCUGAGUUUGCCAAAUAAAGGCAGUUCUACAUGGAAGAUGGAAAAUCAAGAUGUUUGCAAGCAGAGGUUUCAUAUAACGAAAGGCUCCCCCUCUCUGCCUAAUGGUAUGAGUUAUCAGCCUGAAAGGAAAGCUAAGAGAGAACUUUUCCCUGGGUGCGUGAGCCAGCUUUUAGCAGAUGUGCACAAGCUCUGGGAUGUAUCUUUGACUAAGACUCAGGGUACUGAAGGAAUCUGCUUACCAGAAUGUAUGUUAAAUGGACAUAGAGGUACUGAAUCUCUGGCUGUUAGCUCUUGCCCCUCACUUAUUUCACAUGUCUCUGCAAAUGUACCCAGUGUUGCCUCCGUGAAGGCAGUAGGUACAAAUUUGCUUUUGAAAUGUCUCAACCAUCAGCAAGUGCUCCUAAAUCGGGCAAGAAGAAAUCAGAAGCGUUUACAGUCUUAUUUGGCACAGCAUGCUGUACAGCAUUUCAACCAACAAAUAAGAGCCUUUGUGAAUCACCAGAUCCAUGACAAGCCAGCUGGAAUUUUUGAUAGCCAACCAACCAAAGUGAUCAACAAUAAUCUAAAUGUAGGGUCAAGUGGAAUAAGUUCAGCAACAAGCGAUGGGUUAAAAAAUGGAGUUUAUCAUUCAGUGAAAAGGUUUUCAGUGUCUGCAAAGGAAAUUCUCAAACAGAUUAAGAAAGAUUUUGAUUCUGAUGCCACAGGGAGCAGUUCUGAUGAAGACUGGGAUGAAAAGGCUAGACAAAAUUCGGAUGAAUGUAAUGCUGAAAGGAGCUGGCUUUCUGUCAGAACCAGAAUUGGGAGUCGCUGGGUCUGGCUACAGUCUCAGAUUUCUGAACUAGAGUACAAAAUCCAGCAUCUCACAGAUCUUCAUUCUCAGAUACGCAAGGCAAAGGGGACACUGAAGUUUGAGGAACCCUCUAAAGGCAAUUUUAAGCAGAAGCUGUGGCUGCCUGAUUCAGAAAUGUUAUUAAGUCUUGCAGAGAGGAUGCCAAAAUCCCCACAGGGAACAAAUCCGUCUCCAACAAAUGAUUUAGACAUGUCACCAAGCAGUCCAACACUGCUACUGAGGAACAUAGAAAAGCAGAGUGCUCGGUUGACUGAAAUAGUCAGCAGUCUAACAGUUCCACUUCUUUCUCCGAAUGAUUCUGCCAAAUCUAGUGUGUAUAAAAGAGUGGCCAAUGGAUUCUCUGAUAGGAUGCAUACUGAUGGAUUUCCUUCAUUUAAUGAAUUCUGUGAGCAACAAGUGAAACGAAGGAAAAAAGUUAGAGUAAAAGCCUCCUCUGCUUUGGGAAGCAAUCUGUGCAGCUCAGCCAGAACCAGACCCCUGCAGGCAUUGAAAAAACGGAAGCUCUACAAACUGAGUGCAGAAUAUUCUUAUGUAAAUAAAGUGAAUCUCUUCUCCUCACCAGUAUACCAGUAUGAAGAGCUGCCUUCUAACGGAAACCACUGCUCUACAUGGAAAUGUUCCAAGGUGCUGCACAGGCCCUGGUUAAUGGCACAAAAUGCCUGUGAGGCAGAUUCAUGCUUUCAUCCUGUCUUGUCAUUUCCUUAUGAACUUCCGCUAAAUGUACACCUUGCUGCAUUGCCAAUGAAGAAUCAUAAUAUUAAGGGAAAUUCAGUGGACUCCAUAGCGCUCAGAGGGGAGCUGGAUAAAAGCCAAUCAUAUGUAUCUGCCUCUUGGAGCACGGAAUGCACGUCCAGUUAUAGCCCUGACCCACAAACUCCUGCUCACAGCUGGGAAAGAAGGCACCGGAGUGAGUCUGAAGCUGAUGCAGCAUUACUUGAGAGUGGCCUCACGACUCCAGUCUCCACUCAGAAAUCCUCUGCCCAGCAACUUCUAGCGCAUGAAUCCAGCAGCAUGGUCUGUGCAGCGAGGCGCCGGUUAAGGAGUGGGAAUUCUUAUGACAUCAACAACAUUGUGAUCCCAAUGAGUCUUAUUGCACCCACAAAACUGGAGAAACUGAAAUACAAGGAAAUCAUUACUCCUAGCUGGAAGGAGGUGGUGCUAGAACCUUUGGAAAGUCCUGCUCAUGAUAUGCCAGAAGACUUAUCAGAUGAGGCCUACAUUUCCCGUCAUGAAAAAUACGAGCUGAAAGAAAAGGCCCGGUGGUCAUUGUGGGAUCAUAGCAAGCGGCCAAAGAGGAACAGAUCAUCAAGUUAUAGCUUUGGCACCUCUCCAAGAACUGUGUUGCUUUCCUGUGAAUGCAGCUGUAGCCCAAACUCUCAGGCUCCGUCAGAGGCUCUGCCUAGUGAUACAGGAGGCUAUAGAACGCUUCAUUUUUCCCAUGAAUCCCCAAAAGGAAAGACAAUUCACUGGGAGCGCAGAGUCUUCCCAUUGACAGAAGAACCUGCCAUGGAGUUACUAGGCAAAUGUCCUUCACAGGCCCAAGUUAGCACAGUGGACAAUCAGCAGUGCCCGAAAAAUGACUGUGACUACACAUGACGGCCCUGUCUAUAAUCUUUACUCCAACCCUGCUACAGAGAUGGAGAAGUAAAAAGUAAGUGGAGCUGCAGAAGUAGUGCAUCCAAUUGAUACACGAAAGUGAUCUUCCAGCCAGUCUGUUCCUAGUAUUUCUGCUCAUCAUCAAGUGCCUGAAGAGUAAUUUGGUUGUGCAAAGAGGGCAAUACAAUAUCAGAUCUGGGAUGUACAUGGCUACUCUUGGUGUAGAGCUCCAUUCUGCAAAGAAGACCACUGAAGCAUUUUCAGAGUUAUGGAACACAAAUUAAGUUGAUGUUGAUUUUAUUAGCAGCAUGAGAAUUUUAGAUUAUUAUAGUUUCCCUGCUUGGUUGCACAGGUACACAAACAGAAGUUCCCUUUCAGAGUCAAUAAUACAAAGAGUAAAUGAUUGUGUCAGAUGAAGUAUUGCUCCAUCACUUAGGCAGAGAAAAUGAACAGAGCGUAUUACUUGCAAGAACUCUAGUGCACAUUUCUUUAUUUCCCAUAUAGAGCACUCGUGGGGCUACUUUCAGGUGCUUCUCUUUGAACACAAUGGGAAAAUAUAAUGAUUCAUUCAGGGUCUCGUGACACUGCAAUCUGCAGGUUGUAGUACUGGCAGUUCAGAUCUAUAUGGGACACCUGGCACCAUGUUUAAAGGUGAUGUAAACUUUUCUUUUUCCAAGCUUUUUCUGGAGCACUUGUAUAACUCUUUUUUUCAUGAAAAAAAAAUCCCAUUUUAUUGAUCUCCUUUAGCUAGCUCAUAUUGCAGUCAAAUGUCUGGGAGAGAUGUCAUUCACAAGUUGCUCUUUUUAAAUUUGUUUUUUCUUUAAAUUAGAUGAAAAUUGUUCUGCAAAUAUUAUUUUAACCUACUUCUAAUUCAGUUUCAGCUACUAUAAGUUUUAAAGGAAGUAUCUGCAAGAAAUAGCACACCCAUUGUUUUAAUAAAUUAUAUAUAUUUAAUGAAAGGUAAUACGACCCCCUUUAAGAUAUAGAUGGGAAAAUAUUAUUAGUCUUUUUAAUAAGUGCAUGGCUUUAUCCUACUCCCCAAGUUCUCCAGUGCCAUCACCCCAGUUUCACUAUAAAUGCAAACAAGAUGAAACUGCUGUCUGCUCAGUAUGCACCCAGACUGAUGUCUUUUAAAGCCAUGUUGUUCGCCGAGGUGGCCCACAGUGGGGGAGGAAAGCCAAGUGGUGUAAUUGACAUUUGGUACACUUCUGCCCUGCGUCUGGCUGCACUCUGCACCCUGGGCUGACAGAGUGAACACAGGCAGCACUGUAUUCAUAGGGAUGGCUUGUAGGUUGCUUUGCUCUAAAACAGAGUACAGAGACCUUUGGCAAUUUAGGAAGUUAGUGUUCAAGACAAACUGAGUGCAGGCUGCUUGUAAAUGACCCCUAAGGUCACACAGGUGACACAGGAGCUAAUAAAUAGGCAUUAGCAAAUAUGAACCAUUUCUCCAAAAUCUGGACCAGCAAGUAUUCAAAAGACACACAGAAACCUUGUCUCUGUAAUGUCCUGAUUUUUUUAUUUAAAUAAAAAUGUUAUUCUCAAAAA